AUGAACGGGAAACAAAUCACCAUAGACGAGCAUUAUGAGCAAACAGAUACUCACAAUAUAGAGGACGAGGAUGAUUAUUCUACAGACGAUGAAAUCCAAUACUGUGACUGUAUUGCGUCCGCUCUGGCGCAGACACUACCAGGGAUGCCUGGAAAGAAAGGUAUCAUCCCGUAUGACUCCGUUUUCGACACACAAGCUCAGGCACGUCGUAGAGGAUACUGGAUUCCAGGAGUUCCAGUUAACGCAAAAAUUGUGAGUGUAGAAAGGAACACAGAUAGGAGGAUACAUCUCAUCAAUACACUAUUGUAUACAAUUCAACUAGAACAUGGGCAAUUCAAGUGGACUGUUGUCAGGAACUACAAAGAUUUUACGUUGCUCAACAAUAGGCUCAGAGCUCAUAGGGCGGCCCAGCAGAUCUUGGCUCCAGUGCGCAGAGCACAAGAACGCGUAGAUGCCAUGUUGGAGUCAGUGGGUAUCGAUGUGAUUCCCGAUCACAAAGAAGAUUGUCCAUACUAUCGAAAUCCUAGUCGACGUAGACGCGAUUCGAAGCUUGCCGUGCUCAAACGUGAUUCAGACGUCUUUGAUAUCAAGAAGGCCGCUCCCUUAGCGUCAUCUGAAGCUACCACUUCACCCUCUUCCGAGGAAGCGAAGGUUAAAAUGGAAGAAGCUGUUCAAUCUGGUAUCCUACAAGAUGAUGAUGGAACAGUGUCACCUGCUACGAAAAGGAAGAUGCGAACGCGAAAAAAGCACGGUCUCCCUCAUUUUCCAUUUAUGCCCGAUUCAAUGGUGACGAAUUUGGAACUUCGAAAGGAUCAACUUGAACAUUGGUUGCAAAUGUUGCUACAUAUUCCUAUCAACAGGAAUCAUCACGAAACUGCUGAAUUCCUCGAAGUUUCUCGUUUUUCUUUUGUGAAUGAACUGGGAGGAAAGCACACUGAAGGAUUUGUGAAGAAACGGCCGGGUGGUUCCCGUGUUUUCCUCGGAUGGAAACAGUGCUGUGUGCGAUACAUGCUGCCUUGGAGCAAACGUUGGCUGAUGGUGCGAGACUCAUUUGUAGCGUAUAUGGACCACAGGACCGAACAGAUCCGCUUAGUUUUGCUAAUGGAUCGAGACUUCAAGGUGGCAGCUGGGGGCAAAGAAGCGGACGGAAUACCCACCGGUUUGAUCAUCACCAAUUCGCAACACGAACUCCAUCUAAAAUGUCGCAGAAUACAAGACACAGCGAGAUGGAAAGCUAUAAUUGAACAAGCUAUGCAUGGAAUUGGAAGUAUUUGGAUUCAACCGCAUCGAUUUAGUUCCUCUUUCCCUGUUCGAGAGAAUUGUUAUGGGAAAUGGUUUGUUGAUGCGAGAACUUAUAUGUCACAAGCUGCUGAUAUGAUGGAGCUUGCCAGAGAAGAAAUAUUCAUUGCUGGGUGGUGGAUAAGUCCAGAAAUUUACAUGAAAAGGCCAGCAUUGGAAGGCAAUUAUUGGCGAUUCGAUGAGAUCCUCAAACGAAAAGCGAACCAGGGUAUUCGUAUUUUUAUCUUAAUGUACAAAGAAAUGGAAAUGGCAUUGGGUCUGAACAGUAUGUACAGCAAACGAACGCUACAAGCACUCCAUCCAAAUGUCAAGGUCAUGCGUCAUCCUGACCAUUAUCCUUCGACUGGAACAUUUUUCUGGGCACAUCAUGAGAAACUGGUAAUUGUUGACCAGUUGAUAGCGUUUGUCGGCGGAGUAGAUCUUUGUUUUGGUCGUUGGGAUGACAACCAUCAUCUUCUAACUGAUCUGGGAUCAGUUCAGUUUGGCCAACAACACCUUGUUUUGCAGGACAUGAGCAUGGCAACCGGACUGCGGGCGCUGGUUAAAGCUCCACUCACGCUUUCACCUCUUGGUCUUGAAGAAGAUGAGAAUGUUGAAAGCAGCGAGACCAAGGAAUCUGUGGAAGUUCCUCGUGAUGAAGAGAAGAAGGAACAUCACCAAGUGACAAAAAUAGCAAUCGGCGGUGUUGAAGAGGUCAAUUAUUCAGACUUUCUGGAUAGUGCCGGUUCGGAUGGGGAGGUCGUAUAUGCGGAUGCUGACACUGGAGGGGUCAUGUUGAAGGUAUUCAAAAAAGGUACACGCUCGGUAUCUGCCGAUUCAGCAAGAAAAUCGCCUGUUGGUGAACAACCGCAACCCUCCCCUUCUCCCUCUCCAAUUCCAACUACUACUGCUUCCAAACUCGCGGCUGUGUCAGGCAAGAAACCCACUUUGUUGAAUGUUGUCGAGGAUGCAAAGGGAAAGAAGCAUGUUCGUCGUGCUGCCUCAGCAGCCACUAAAUCUCGAGUUCCUCUCGACAUGUUGGACAAAGCAGGACCUGCACCGUCUAUGUUUGAAAAAGCGACAAAAAUGGGCAUGGACUUCCAAACAGCGGCUGAGAAGUACAAAGAGUAUGUCGAAAGUGGAGCUGUUCAGAAAGAAAAACAUCGUUCACAAACUCCUCCAAUGAAGCGAAAAGAAAGCCGUCUGUCACGAGCUGUUGGGAAUUGGAGGAGUAACAGAGCGAAAAGGAAAUGGAAGCAGGUGCUGGAUUCUGAUGAGGUCAUGGCCGGCUACGAACUUGAUUUCCUUCGACUCAAACAAAUGGACACCGAUGAUAAGGAUUCAAUAGAUGGUGGAGUGAAAUUGUGGGUAGGAAAAGACUACGUCAACUAUAUCCACAAAGACUUUGUUGAAGUUGAUUUACCAUUUCACGACUUCAUUGAUAGAGGAUCGACUCCACGAAUGCCAUGGCACGAUAUCCAUUCGGUAACGUUCGGAGCAUCCGCUAGAGAUGUCGCUAGACACUUCAUUCAACGCUGGAAUGCCACGAAAACAGAGAAACUUAAGGAUGACGUCAAUUAUCCUUAUCUGCUUCCUAAAAGUCACGAGAAUCUUAAAGUUCCUCGAGUGUUCAGGAAUCCGAAUUUCAGCUACAACGUCAACAUACAAGUGCUACGCUCGCUGUCCAACUGGUCGGGUUUAAUAAAUCAGACAGAAGAUUCUAUACAAAUGGCAUAUCUUUCUCUCAUAGCUAAUUCUAAGCACUUCAUUUACAUUGAAAACCAAUUCUUUGUCUCAAUGGUUGAUUCGAACGAUGUGCUUAACGAAAUUUGCAAAGUGAUUUGUAAUCGUGUUAUACGAGCGUAUAAAGAAAAGCAACCUUUCCGUGUAUAUAUUAUGAUUCCCCUAAUGCCUGGAUUCGAAGGAAAUGUAGGAGCUCCAGGUGGUUCUUCUCUGCAAGCGGUGCUACAUUGGACGUACCAAUCUCUUAGUCGUGGUCCAAAUUCGCUCUUCGAACGUUUGAAGACGGUUGUACCCAAUCCACAUGAAUAUAUUUCUGUUGCUUCGUUGAGAACAUACGAUUUGUUAUGUGGGAAACUAGUGACAGAGCUAAUCUACAUCCAUUGUAAGUUGCUCAUAGUUGAUGACGAGCAUGUUAUCAUUGGAUCUGCGAACAUAAAUGACCGAUCACAGGUAGGCAAUCGAGACUCCGAAGUGUGCCUUUUGUAUACGGAUGUUCAAAGAGAGAAAUCGAUUAUGAAUGGGCGGCCGUACGAAGCGGGAAAGUUUGCAAAGUCCCUUCGUUUGCAGUGCAUGAAGGAACAUUUAGGACUUCUUCCUGAUGCUCGGCGGCCGUCGAAAUUCAAAUACGAAGUCUCUUGUGAUGACCCAGUAGCUGAAUCGUUUUUCGUAGAUGUUUGGCAAAAUACUGCUCGUUCUAAUAUGUUGAUAUAUGAAGAGGUAUUCCGAACCUAUCCGACGGAUAACGUGGAAACAUUCGAGGAAUUCGAGAAAUGGACCGGACAGAUGCCUUUGGCAGAAUAUUCACCUCAGCAAGCCCAAGAAAAGCUCAGAGAUUUGAACGGUACCUUAGUAGAAUUCCCUUUGAAUUUCUUAUGCAAAGCGAAUUUGACGCCGGGCAUCACAUCGAAAGAGGGUCUCGUUCCAAACGCGGUGUUCACCUGA